UGUCAAUGUUACAGUUCAAAGAUACGCCGUGAAGACGAUAUUCCCGCGUGCCUAGGGAAGAUCCAUCGAAGAGAAAUGCUGAAGGAUCGGUCGUGUCGUACAGGCGGGGAAUAUUAUUAGCCCUCAGACAGUGCAUCUGUCUCUCCGGUAGCCCUACAUCCAUAUGUCAUCAGUGGAAAAAUGUCAAUGUGAUCUUACUCAAAACAGGAAAUAUUACGUGAAAGAUCUGAAAAGUACUGUUGCCCAGAGUCAUCUUUAUACUGUUUCCCAUGCCGGCAAUCUUGAACUCCUCCUCCCUCACCCUCACUUACUUCAGCUAUGCCUCAUACUCCCAAAGCACCCAAGAAGUCAUCUUGUGCAUCCAAAAAGCAAAAUGUUAGGAGGGUGACAGCUUCCACGACUAGGAGGCAAACGGUCAACUUGCUCAAAGCCAAUGACGAGACCAGGAAGGCCAUAAAGAAGAAACAGGCAGCCAAGGCGACCCAGAGGACUGUUGUCAGCAAGCCCAGGAAGAGGACAGUCAAGAAUGUCCUCGUUGUUAAAGGAUCCAAGCACACGUGUGGUUCUUUGAACCGAAAUGGCUUGUUGUCAAAACGUAAUGGGAAGGGGAAGUCACCUGGCAAUAGUGUCUCAUGUCCGAGGGAAGUUAAGUCCAACAAGAAAGUGGUUACAAAGAAAAAGGGAGGUCAGGAGAUCAGAGAACAGGAUAUUGAUACUAAAAGGUCAGAAGUUCAUGAUCCUAAUGGUGAGGGACAACAAAAGGGUGCUGUAAUUCCCACUGGAGAGGGACAGAGCGCUAACAUAAGCUCGGAGAAAACUGCGGAGGAUCACAGAGAGACUGUUGUUCACAACACUGACGAGGCUGAGAAAGAGACCGUAGAAGCAAACACAGGAACUGUACAAAACGAAAGCUGCUCUGCCUCUACAGAGCAGCCAAACACGGUGCUUGUUGAGCAGCAUGACCCUCAUGACCCCAUCAAUAAUGUGGACUUUGCCUACAACAAUAAUACCUCAGGCCCAACAACUCCCUCCCCUUCACAGUCAGAUAAGUAUGCUUCAGGUCAGAUUGAGGAGGUUCCACGCAUGAACUUUCCCGACAGUUCUUUUCAAACCACUCCAGAAAACUCUACAGAAGCAGGUGAGACUGUGGCCUCCCAAGUGUGUCAGUCCUCCAUUGAAUCACCAGCACUUGAAAUCAUUGCAAAUGCUCCCCAGAAGGAAGAAAACGAGUUUGAAAGCACUGCAGACGUGAACACCAAAGAUGAAACUGACGAUGCUGAAAUGUCGAUGAAGAAAGAGGGAGCGCUUUCUCUCCUCUCGCUGAGCAUGACCAUUUACAACAGCACUCUUUGUGAAAUGGGCCGUGGGCCUCAGGCAACGGCGUUGCUCUCCAGUAGCACAGAAAGCACCCAGUCCUCUUUUGACAGCGACUCAGAGUCGGUUCUGGAGCACGGGGCGUCAGGAAGCCCUCCUUUACAAGUUGAGGAUAUUCAGUUGCGUUUACUUCAAGUUCAAGAGAGGAGGGAGAAGAAGAAGCAAAUUCACUGCGGUGUUUGCACACCCUGUCUGCGCAAGAUCAACUGCGGGGAAUGCAGGAGCUGCUUGAACCGAAAAACGGGGCAUCAGAUCUGCAAGCUCAGGAAAUGUAUUGAGCUGAGGAAAAAGCCCCUCAUGAUCUGUGCGGGAGAGGUUGAGUCAGAGGCAAACUCAGUAAAUGGCACAUGCUCAGAGCAGAUGGAGGAGACCUGCGCGGCACCAGAGGAAGAGGCACAUUACAUAUCCUUAACACGCAAUGUUCCACCUGAUGUUCCCACGCCUCUUCAACAUGGCUUGUUACCAGCACCUCCUGGAAAGCCCGGGACCAUUGAUGUACUUCUCCCUCACAACAGUUCUCUAACCUCUCAUAAUGGUGCUGAACACAUGAAACCAAACACUGAGACACAUGUGGAUCCCACUGAGCCACAUGCCACGUUCCAUAGACCCACGUUUAGGAAAAGUCACGAAUCCGAGGCUGUUCGAGAACAGACGGUUCCUCCGAAGAAGAUCAAACUGGAGGAGCAAUGGGUUGAGAUCGACGACCCGCACUCAAAGCACUUAGAGGCUAACGGGCGCUACGAGGACGCUUUAUCUACUCUAGCGGCUGUGGUCUGCUUCUCCAGUAUGGACAGGAAACGUCUAGAGGAGAGGCUUUACGGGCCUCAGGCCUGUUUAAAAACUGAGCCGAAAGAAGAACCAUAUCAGUGUCAGAUAAAUCAAGGAGAAAGUCCAGAAGAACCUCCUCAGAGUGAUAAUGUUGCACUAUCUUUACCCAGUGUCCAAUCUCUGGUCCAGCAUAGGAAUAUUAGCGUUGAUCAGGCUAUAGCUAUUGAGGCCUUGACCCAACUGGCAGCUACCCCACGAACAGUGCCCUUCGAAACAGAAAACCAGAGUCAGGACGCUCAGCAAGAAAAAAUACCUCUUCGAGAGGCUAAACCAGUUUCAGAUGUUUUCUCAAACAAGGUCUCGGUAAUCAGUUCAUCAUUGCAACAGGCUUCUGUCAUCCGCAACCCUCUGAACAGGCCGGCCAACUUCACCCAAAGUCAAAAUCAGCAUUGCGCGUCUACCUCCAGAAAACUUUCCUUGAAGGAUCUUCUGGUGGCCAGCUCAGAAUGUGAAAAGCUAUCGUAUACCGCGGAGAACCGCAGAAAUGGCCAAGCACUUUGUAAACCCGACAGGUUAGAAGGCACUUUCAAGAUGUAUAAGCAUGGAGAAGCGACUCAGAUCUCGAGAAAGAGGGACGAGGAGGAAGUCGCGGCUCAGUUGGUGCAGCUCGCGUUCAUGAUCGAAUCUAGGCAGAUGCAAGUCUCGGAAAACAGUCCCCCGAAAGGUAUGCCAGCUCAGACCAUGAAAUACAAUCAUAAUUACUUGGGGCAGCACUUAAAAAAGCAAAGGAAGCCUAAAAUGACGCCGUCGAAGCCCAGGAUGUCUAAGAAGAAAGCUGCUGAGAUCGAGGGCAGCCAUUGUAGGAUUCCGUUGGCCAAGAAGACGCCCAACAGGAAAACCCCACUCAAGGCUACCAUCCAGAAAGCCAUUUCGCAACAAAAGAUGAGGUUCCAGCACAAGAGGAGUCCGUUUCUUCCACAAGCGCAGAUAGAUCUGAAAAAGUACAUCGCGGAGGCUCAUCACGAGAACAGGCAGCUCUUAUACUACGGCAACUCUCUGAAGAAAGAGCACUUUGAAACCAUCUUAGGUUCUGGUAAGCAGAACGGCUUUCACCCUAAAUACGAGCACGCAGCUCAUUCUUUACCGCCGCCGAACGGACUCUUUCACAAUCAUACAAAUGACCAUCUAGGUGCUAGCCAGUGGCCGAGGCAUGAAUGUGAACAACAAACGAAUUCUCAGGUAUCGAAAACCUACGAUGUGCUAAAUCAUGGUGCUAAACAACAACCUCAGCAAACCAUGGCCAGUGAACCCUGUAAGGACUUGCCGCAAAGCCCAGGGAUGUACCAUAAAGCCAACGGCUUUAAUGAUCAUCAAUACUUGCACACCAAUCAAAAUGGAUUUUACAAAGUGGAGAAGUCUGGAGGGGUUACGGUGUUGUCCACAUCAAGUGCGCAUUUGGAGAACGGGGAUGUGGCGAACGCCGAAGAACAGACUCCCACCAAACACACGAUCGACAGCUUUUUGGAGUCUCCGAUAAAGUUCUUGAGCACACCGACCAAGAAUCUCCUCAACACCCCCUCUAAACAAAUCAUAGAGCUGCCCUCCUGUGACUGUGUGGAACAAGUUAUUGAGAAAGAGGAGGGUCCGUAUUACACUCACCUUGGAUCUGGCCCGAAUGUAGCAGCUGUGAGAGAGAUGAUGGAGAACAGAUAUGGUGAGAAAGGCAACGCAGUCCGUGUGGAGGUUGUUGUGUAUACAGGCAAAGAGGGGCGGAGCUCACAGGGUUGUCCAAUCGCCAAGUGGAUCAUACGUCGAGGAAGUGAGGAAGAGAAGCUGUUGUGUCUUGUGCGGCAGCGUGCUGGUCACUGCUGUCAGAACGCCGUGGUAGUCAUUCUCAUCCUGGCCUGGGAGGGGAUCCCACGCAGUGUGGCUGACAGGCUGUACCAGGAGCUCACACAGACUCUCUGCAAAUAUGGCUCGCCCACUAGCCGCCGAUGUGCCCUCAAUGAGGAUCGUACAUGUGCGUGUCAGGGCCUGGAUCCAGAGACCUGCGGUGCCUCUUUCUCAUUUGGUUGCUCUUGGAGUAUGUACUUCAAUGGCUGCAAGUUUGCACGCAGCAAAGCGCCUCGGAAGUUCAGACUGCUGGGAGACUAUCCUGAGGAGGAGAUAAAGUUGGAGAAAAAUUUGCAGAAUCUGGCAUCAGAUUUGGCCCCUGUGUACCAGAAACUUGCUCCUGAGGCCUUUCAUAACCAGGUGGAGCAGGAGCAGCAGGGGCAGGAUUGUCGGCUAGGCAGGACCAAAGGUCGACCGUUCUCUGGUGUGACUGCAUGUGUGGACUUCUGUGCUCAUGCCCACAGAGACACACAUAACAUGACCAAUGGAAGCACUGUGGUAUGCACUUUAACCAAGGAGGAUAACCGCGCGGUGCGGAACAUUCCAGAGGAUGAGCAGCUGCACGUCCUGCCACUCUACAAGAUCUCUGACACGGAUGAGUUUGGCCAUGUUGAGGGCCAGUGGGCCAAGAUAAAGUCUGGGGCACUGCAGGUCCUCUCUGCUUUCCCAAGAGAAGUGAGAAUGUUGGCCGAGCCCGUCAAAUCAGCACACAAGAGGAGGAUGGAAGCUAAAAGAGCCCAUGCUGUGAAACAGGGCACACCUAUGAAAGUGAAGAACGAGCCUCUUAAAGGUCUCAAACACAACUCACCAUGUUCAGAAAAGAAUACUUGUAAUUUAAGUUCCACAAUGCGAUUGUCUGGAGUUCCAGGCAUUGGAGACCAAUUCUCAGACCUGCGUUCUACUGUCCCGUACAACCAGACCAACACAUGCCACACACCUCCUGUGGCCUCCGGCUUUGGCAUGCCCGCACACCCAGAGUUUCCUCAAUCGCAUGAUCCCUCAAGAGGAACUGGACACAGCAAUGGUUCUCCUUCUCUUAGACACGGACUCGAGAACAUCAGGCAGACGUCUGAACCGUUCAGAAACUCGCAUCCGAACGAUCCGAAAUACUCUCCCGCGUUCAAAUCCGAGCCUGAGGAGAUGCGGUGCUUCCAGGGCGGCGCAGCUCCCACCCCACUCUCCCCGCCCAUGGCCGAGGGUCUCCACAGUCGCUUGAUCCCUGAGAACCACAGCAACCCACCAGUUACGCCGCAACCCCUGACCCCAGAGGUGGGUAGAGCGGAGCAAGUGUGGUCGGACAGCGAGCACAAUUUCCUCGACAGGAAUAUCGGCGGUGUCGCGGUGGCUCCUUCCCACGGCUCCAUCCUGAUCGAAUGCGCUCGACGGGAACUGCACGCCACCACUCCCAUCCUGCGGCCCAACCGCACGCAUCCCACCCGCAUCUCCCUGGUCUUUUACCAGCACAAGAGCCUGAACGCCCCAGGCCACGGCCUGCAACAGUGGGAGGCCAAAAUGGCCGAGAAGGCCAGGGAGAAAGAGGAAGCUGAGCGUUUGGGACUCAACGACAGGUCAAAGGCGAUGGAUUCAGACACGGAGAGCGAAAACGAGACUUAUCCGGAAGAGAGACACAAGUAUCAGGUCCCUACCCGUCAAUCGUUAACAGUCACACAUGAUGGCGUCGUCAUGUCAGCUCCCUACGCCCUCACGCACGUCACUGGGCCUUACAACCGCUGGACGUGAAAUUCUCCGUGCUUGUCUAGCUAAUGCCUUACCUCAGCUAGUUCUCAUCCUUUCAUGCCCGUUUUUACGUGUGCCCUUCUUCAGUUGUGCUUUUCAUCUCAGCUUUUACGAAGAAAUAGACUACCGUUUGUGGGUUUUUAACUGUGAGUUUUUGGUGUGUAUGUCUGUGUUUUUUUUAUUGUAAAGAGAUGGUGCUCAGAACAGAUGUUAUAAAACUGGUUUUAUACAUAUAGAUGAAAUUAGUGCAUAGAAGAUGUGAUUAUUUAUUCUGAUCAUUUUCAAGACUAUUUUGUAAUUUAAUUUCUGGUCCAAGCCUGUUUACUGCAAUAGGAGUAUGUCAUCCUUUAAAUGACGUGUGUAGUAAACACUCCGAAUUGACAUUGUCAAAUGUGAAUUCUAUAUUCUCGUCUAAGCCUUCGGUGCUGUCUUGUCUGACACUCGGUAGUUGCUAUUUUAUGGUGCCAUUGUAGCAGUAAGGUUGAAUGACCAAUAUGAACCACACUUGGGGGUCGUUACAGGAACUUUACAUCAGUUUUCUGGGUAUUCGUAUUGGUAUGAAGGUACAUUGUUUCGGCAUUGUGAGACAGUGUUGGGGUUAACGCAUUACAAGUUACAUAAUCAGAUUUGAUAGGUGCAAACGUUAGUAAAAUGUGUUGCUCAUUUCACAUUCAUUUUAAAACUCUAAAACUCUCCUCCCAUAAAUUUUACUUCUGAAAACGUCCUACAAAUGCAAGUUUAAUAAGGUCAAGCUCAAAAAUCAGCACUAAUUCUGCAUGGCGCAUCUUUAGUGAAUCCGUGCUAUUUUAACCCCAAAAAAAUGGUUUGCAGUGGCACAAGCUGUUAGUAAAACUGGCACUUAGUGUGAUAGGGCCAUUACAGUUGCCAAAAAUAUAACUUUUGGGGGGUUUGUUAUUAAAAAAAACAAAUAAGCAAGCCUAGCCCAAGUGGCAAAAGUAACGUAAUUCAUUACUUUCCAUAAAAAGUAACUAGGUACGGCAUUUAGUUACUUUUUUAGGAAAUAAUGAAAUUAUGUAAUGCAUUACUUUUAAAAGUAACUUUGGAAAUGUAAUAGGUUACAGAUUACAAGUUACCCUAUUUAAAAUGUAAUAAGUAGUGUAACUAUUUCAGUUACUUUAUUGAAGUAAUGUAACUGAUUACAUUUGAUUCCUUUUUGACUACUUUUACUAAUUUAAAUUUCAAUUUUUUUCUAAACUGUUAAUCAUUCUAAAACAUUUAAAGCAGGCAGGGUUAACCUUACAGUAGUACUCAACAUUGAUUACUGUCAGACUUUCAAAAUCCAUCAUCACUUGAAAUAAGAUAAUAAUUUAAUUUUGAAGCACAGCCACUACAAAAUCAGAUUAGCACCUCUUUUUACUUUUAGAUCAUUCUGCGGUUAAAGAUGUAAAAUCAUAACAAGAAAUAGUUUAGUAGCUAUGAUAUUGUUUUUGAAAUCAAAUCUUUGCGUAGCUAUGACAGGAAACACUAGCAUCUAACAGCACCUUGGAGAAAACAGUUAAUUUAAAAAAUAAAACUUAUACAUAAACCCAAACAGAAAAUAAAACAGUUAUCGAAUCCAAUAUUCUGUGUCCUAAACUCUUGAAACUUUGUUGUGUCGUAUUUUAGAGCAGCCAAUGCGAUUUUGGAAAGAAAUCAAUCAAAUCUGUAUGUGUGCAAAAAUAUUCACCCCCCUUUGUAAUCGUUAACAUUUCCGUAAGUAACUGUUAUUUAAUGACCUUUUUUCUCAGUAACUGUAAUAGAUUACAGUUACAUUUAUUUUGCAAUUCAAUUACGUAACGCUGUCCCCAACACUGAACAUAGUACGUGGCAUCCUUUAAAAAAGCACUUUGUAUCUUCAGACCAACUUGACAUUUGAAGUUUCCAAUAUGCACGUUUGGUUUAUUCAUCAUCGAGUAUCUAUAGUCACAUGUUUGCUGUCGAGUCAUGAUUAUGAAACUUUGCAUAUUUAAGCAAUAAUCAUGGAAGGUUUAUGCUGCAUUUAACAACGUGUCCAACCCGUUUCCUUUCUGGCACUUACGUAAAAGUUUAUAUUAUUUAAUCCCCGUUUUUUUUUUUUUUUUAACUCCCAAAGAGGUUGAAACAUAACUUGAAAACAGCUUAUUCAUUUUCUACAAUUCAAGCGUGUUAAGUUCGAACGAAUUUACUGUAUGUUUUUCACUGGUGCUUUUAAAGAGAUCCCAUGACACCUCCUGAGAUGACAUUUCAUAUAUUUUUAUUGCUACAUAGUGCAUUUUUAUUUGAAAUCAGUCACUUUUGGUGCAAGAGGUGGGAUGGAUCGGUGUCUGUGCAUUUUUAUACACAAGUUUGUUCGGGUUUUAUUUAGGUGCGUCGAAUGAAAGAUCAACUCAUGACUUCGUAAUUGCAUAUGUUAUCCAGAGGCCUAGUCAAGAUAUUGGCUCAAACGCAAGGUUUACAUUUCUCUUACAUGAGGUUUAAAGUUAACAUACGGCUAAGAAAUGUCUUUUUCAUUUCAUCUUUAAGGUGCUAAAGAGUGUACGUCAGUGUUUAAAACCAUUGUACACCCCAAAUGCUGUACUUCAGCUCUUGAAACAACAUCUUGUCAUGUAGGCUGUGAGAAAUUUGACACUUGUCUCUGAAAAUGUGUUUUAACUAGUACUCUAUCUGCAACCAAGAUAGAAAAGCUCAAGGGUAACCCAAUGUUAGCCUAUGUUUUGGGGAACUUGAAGUCACAGAGUGGCAUGGGUACGUUCACGCUACUGUCUCUUCAAUCCGAUCUGUUUUUGCUGUUGUUUUUUGUGUAAAACCAUCAUCAAGAUGAUAUUGUAACCCUGAGUUUGUAUGUAGCUCAGGGACAGUGCUCAUCAGCGGUGCUUAUUCAUAGUACCAGAGUCCCCUGGCAUUGACAAAUCACAUGUAGUGCUGCACUAGUUCUGGAUCUUUCGUUUCGGCCGGUGCUCAAUGUUUUACUCAGCUUGAAUAUCGUUAGAUCAUGCUAUGUUAUGGAGUGUUUUUCCUCUUGACUUUAUGUGGCACAAAUAAUACUAUGACCUCACAGUCCCCUGAUGGUAAUUGACUGACAUUGAAAUGCCAGUACUAUGAACAUCAAAUAGCCUAAGGGAAUUACCAAUGCAAUUCGAUUCAAUGCUUACUGAUUUUAUGCAUUUUUCUAAGCUAUUGUUUUGUGUGAAUUAUGGGUUGUUUUUUGUGUCGCUGUUCAAAACCUGCAUCUCUGUGAAUUAGAUUUAUGAGUACCAUAAACUUAUUUUUUGUGAUUUUAUCUGAGUUCAGAUGAUGCUCUCAUUGCAACAGUCUAGUAAGAAAAAACAUGUUCCUAAGGAAAUAAAUUUUGUUACAUUCCUUUUUAAAUUAAUAUAUUCACAUUAGGCAUCUUUUGCAUGUUUUUCCUCCUUUUUGUUGUAUUUUUUCCCCUCUUUUCUCAGGUCUCUCUGCCCAUGUAAUUUUGGUCGCAAGCUUUUAUGAUUCUUGCACUGUCUUCCAGUUAAAUUCUCCAAAAUUUGAAAUUACUUUUGGUUAUGUUUUGUGAAAUGGAAAAGUGGUUCCCUUAAAACAUCUUCAUGUAUAUUAUCAGUUUGACAAUUCUCUUCUGUAUAUGUUGAAUGAAAGCUGAAGUGUGUCAUUUUUCAGGCAGUUUUCCCAACACUAGAUUACGCAGAUAGUCAGACAAAUCGAUUGGUUAAUCCACUGUUAUUGUGUUGUGCCAAUCACAAGCAAUGUUUUGAUUUCAGCUCAUAGAUGAACAUGUUACAUUUUUUGGUAAUUCAACCCAUCAUUGGUUCAUUUACUUACUUUUAUCUGAAUUUUAACAUUAACAUUAAAAAAAAAAUUACACACUUCAGCUUUAAGAAUGAAUGUAAGCCAUUACGGGCACUGUUGUAGUAUAAUGUGGAAUUUUAAACCUCCUCUUACCUUCAAAACAAAAGAGAACAUACUAUGACUUGAAGACUUAUUCAUUUUGUGACUUGAAAUGAUCUGUCAAGGAAAGAAAACACCAGCUUUUGAGAUUUUUCUUUUAGAAAAUAAAAUGCACAGUAGUUGUACAGUA